AUGGUCCUUCAAUUCAAGUCGGACUUCCGGUUCGAUAUGGACGGCAGCUUCAGUUUGUACAGUCAGCCCAUGCCAUACCCUUUCACCUCCACAAGCGUCUCCUCCGCCUCCUCUUCUUACGACCCUUUCACUCCUACACCUCGACACAAAACACUUCCAGCCGCUACUGCCGUGUCCUGCAGCCCCCACGAGUUGUCAACCAUGGAAUUUGACAGCUCCUACAGCAACGGCUCUCAUCGUGUUGAAUUGGCUCUUCCGUCAACAAUGGGCAAUUUCAUGCCUUUCCCCAACACCCCACCCAACACUCCCGUGAAGGGGGAGCCCACGAGCUUCGACUACACGGAGAUGAACUUGGAACAGAACGGCUCUAUGGGUUCUUUAACACCAUCGAACUCCUUUGACAUGUAUGGCAGCUUUCCUGAGACUGUCAUUGGCGCUACCUCCUUCAUGAUGACGCCCACCCAGAUGCUCUCGGGUUCCGAGGCCGCUGAUACCUACUCAUCCUGGUCCUGCCCCAGCGACAGCUUGAUCUCCUUCCCCCGAGAAGAGCAGUUUCCCGGCAACUACGAGGUGCUUGACAUCGACCACCAGUCAAUGUCUCCCUGUCACUUCCACGACCCGACUUCGCCAAAGCAGAUGCGAGCUCAGCGGAAGAUGAUGGUGAACAAAAUUCAGCGCAACACGACCGAGCUUCGCUAUGCUCAGAUCCGAACAACUAGGAAGCCAUCCGUCAAGCCCGACUCUGCCCCUGUGGAUGUGGUCCAGAGGGCUAUGUGCAAGUGUGAUUAUCCCAGUUGCCACAAGGCGUUCCGACGUACAGAGCACCUCAAACGACACAAGCAAACUUCUCACGGAGAAGGCCCCAACCGUUUCUCAUGCGAGUUCUGCGGUAAAGAUCGGUUCAACCGCCAAGACAACCUCAAUAUUCACCGCAAGCUUCACGCCCGGCCCAACAGCCGCAACCGCGGCGUCGAGUUCAUCCCUGCCGCGGUGCCUGUUAUCGAGGAAGAGGAAUGCAACCGAAAGAGACGAUCACCUCCCAAGGCCAAGCAGCUCAAGAAGCGGGGUCUGGAGUACUACGCAGGUCCGGUGUGA